GAUAAAUAUUGAAAAACCUUCAAGUUGUUAGUUGUAUACCGUAUAUCCAAUCUAUAUUUACAUAUGUUAAUGAUUAUUCUGUGCAGUCAUGUAUGCUGGAGACGGCUUGUGAAGCAUGAGCAGAGGCGCAGGCGCCGUCAAACUGCGGCAAAAGCAAGAGAUGCUGCUCAAAAUUUGCUUCAGAAGAGUCCUAGAUAUCAGGCAAGAGUUGCAGCUGAACAAGCAGCUGCUGAUGUUAAGCAAGAAAAAGAUGAAUUGGCCCAUAAGUUGCGUAAAGCUGAGUUCCAGGCCCGGGACCUUGCUCUUCAUUCCCUUUUUCUUUAUGAAAAAGCCAUGAAAGAGGGAAAGAUCCAGCAAAUCCGAAAAGAUCAAGCAAAGAUACCUAAAUCUGCUUCAAAUGGUCUCUUAGCAAGUGCAGAAACCUCUGAGAAAUCUCAGCUGCUGCAGCAAACAAGGGAUGCUCUUGGCCAGAGUGCGGAAAGGUCGCAGAACCCAGAGCCGCCACGACCUGCCAUCGUGCCUCCCCAGCAGGAGGUCUGUCCGUUCUUCAGCAAGACGGGAGCCUGUCGCUUCGGUGAUCGAUGCUCCAGAUGUCACGUGUACCCCGCCGUGUCGUGCACUCUGCUGCUGCCAGGCAUGUACGUCGCCCCCGGUCAGCUGCCAGACUCUCGCAGCGACUCUGACGCCAUGCUGGAGUACGAUGAAGCCGACCGCCGGCUUCACUUCAGGGAGUUCUUCUUGGACGUGACGGAUGAGGCAAGAAAGUUUGGCCGCAUCUGUGAAGUGCGCGUGUGUGCCAACAGCGCCGCUCACCUCCGAGGCAACCUUUAUAUCAGGUAUGAGCGAACGAGCGAUGCGUGUGCCGCGGCCGCUGGACUGCACGGCCGUUACUACGGAGGCAAGAUUGUGUCCGUUAUUUUUGUGCCUCUUGAGAGCCUCCGCAACGCCACGUGUGGUCUAUUCUUCCGGAACAUGUGCCACAAAGGCGGAGAAUGUAACUUCAUCCACCCCUACCCCAAUCCAGACGGCGCUUAUUUCUCUGAUCCGCGACGAGGCCUCCAUGACCGCAGUGGCGCGUCUGGGCCUGGCUCAGACCGCCGUCCCAGAUCAUCAUCUCCCCGACCUCAACCGUCGCGGGCAACUGUUAAUGGAAGACCAGCGAGAUCCUCUCGAUCUUCUAGAAAUUAUACAGCGAAGCGUUCUAGAUCGCCUGGCUCUACAAGUUCGAAACGCUCUAGAUCGCCAGGAUCCACAAGAUCAAAACGCUCUGGGUCGCCUGGCUCCUCAAGAUCAAAACGCUCUAGAUCGCCUGGAUCCUCAAGAUCAAGACGCUCUAGAUCGCCUGGCUCCUCAAGAUCAAGACGCUCUAGAUCAUCUGGAUCCACGAGAUCAAAACGCUCUGGAUCGCCUGGAUCCUCAAGAUCAAAACGCUCUAGAUCGCCUGGCUCCUCAAGAUCAAGACGCUCUAGAUCGCCUGGAUCCACAAUAUCAAAACGCUCUAGAUCGCCUGGCUUCUCAAGAUCAAGACGCUCUAGAUCACCUGGCUCCUCAAGAUCAAAACGCUCUAGAUCACCUGGAUCCACAAGAUCAAAACGCUCUAGAUCGCCUGGCUCCUCAAUAUCAAAACGCUCUUAGAUCACCUGGCUCCUCAAGAUCAAGACGCUCUAGAUCACCUGGAUCCACAAGAUCAAAACGUUCUAGAUCACCUGGCACUUCAAUAUCAAAACGCUCUAGAUCACCUGGCUCCUCAGGAUCGAAACGUUCUAGAAUACAUAACUCUUGAAGAUCAAUAUGAUCUUGAUCAUCUAGAUCAUCAAUAUCUAAACGUUCCGGGUUGAAUAACUCUAGAUCACUUAUCUCUUUGAAUCCUCAUAUCCUAGAUCUCUUUCUCGGCUAGCUGUAAACUUUCCUAAUCACCUGUCUGUUCCAUCACUGAACAUUCUGCAUCACUCAAUUCUUCGAUUUCGAUUUGUAAAAGCUGAUUUCCUAAAUCAACCAGGUCUGGGCGCUCUAUAUUCACAGUUAAAUAUGAAUGCUUUAUAUAAUCUAAUUAAUCAAGAGCUAAAUGCUCAGUUAAACUCCAUUAGGCUUGAGGUUCCGUUCUUUUCUGGUUAAAUUUUCCAAGUUUUUGAAAAUUCAGCGUUGUUACUUUCAUCGAAACUGAUCAGGAUUUUAUUUGUAAGGCCUAGUCUUCUAGUUUAUUAAGUUGAGGAUACAAACCCUAUUAUAUAGGAUGCGUUAUCGUGGGUUCCACUUUCAUCAGUACUAGUACAAUUACUGUGAGCCUUCUCGUUUAGUUAUGAUGCUAGUUACAUAAAUAAAGUAAAUAUUCAGAUCGGAAUACUUAUAUUGAAAAGCUUAGUAAAAAUUUCUUAUCUU